GGUAGGAAAGGAAAAGUUGCUCAGGUGAGAGGCGGCGUCUGGAAGGGGAAUCUUAAAGGGGAAAUAAAACCGUUCGGCGAAGUUGUUCGGCCCGCAGUCUCCGAGUACCAACCGUGUAGUCGACGAAGGAACCAUGUAUUCUGUAAUCGUAGGAAUCGUUUGCGGUUUCCAUAUAAUCGUCGCAGCGAACGUCCAGUCGGAAUUCGAGGGAGCGAAAAUUGUGCCGGAUAUAAUCGACGUAGCGCCUACCGAGAAAAUCGAGGUCAGCUAUGGAGACAAAGCGGUCAACUUCGGGAACGAAUUAACGCCGAGCGAGACGCAGCAGAUCCCUCAGAUCCAUUACAAACACGAGGGAGGAGUCCUCUACACGCUCGUGCUGACAGAUCCCGACGCGCCGACGAGGAAGGGAUACAAUCGGGAGUUUCGACACUGGCUCGUGGGAAACAUACCGGAGGAGAACAUCGCGAAAGGAGAAGUCCUCGCCGAGUACGUGGGCCCUGCUCCGCCCAAAGGCAGCGGCAAACACCGAUACGUUUUCCUGGUUUACAAGCAGAAUCAAGGGUCCAUCACGUUCGACGAGAGAAGACUGAGUAACAGGGACGGCCAGCAGCGGAGGCGAUUCUCUAUAAAGAAAUUCGCGGAGAAGUACAGCUUGGAAGGGCCGAUAGCAGGGAACUUCAUGGUAGCGGAGUACGACGACAACGUGCCGAAAUAUGCGAAGCUGCUAGGGUUUUAAGUGCGGGACCGGACGUCUCGCAACCGAACAGUAACACGGGUGAUGGUACAAAGAAUUAGUAGGCUCGGACUCGCGAUCUACGGCGCAAUCGUUGACGGGGACACGCUGGAUAUAAUAAAGUUUCAAU